CACAAAACGAAGGAGGAAGAAGGAAAACAGCAAGUUCAACAUUGCUCUGUUCUUCAUGCACAUUCUCUACUCACAUCCAUGGCUUCCAAACUCUUACUCAUUACUGUCUUCGUUUUUGACUUGAUUGCUUUUGGAUUGGCCGUGGCUGCUGAGCAGAGAAGAAGCACAGCUAAGAUUGUGCAGGACAACGAUGUGAACUAUGACCACUGUGUCUAUAAGUCUGAUAUAGCUACUGGCUAUGGGGUCGGAGCAUUUUUGUUCCUCUUGGUUAGUCAAGUCCUGAUAAUGGUGGCAAGCCGAUGCUUCUGUUGUGGGAAGCCUCUAAGCCCAGGAGGCUCAAGGGCUUGUGCAAUUGUCCUUUUCAUAAUCUGCUGGGUGUUUUUCAUAAUAGCUGAGAUCUGCUUGUUAGCUGGAUCAGUGGAAAAUGCGUACCACACCAAGUAUAGGCACAACAUUUUUGCGAACAAAGAGCUAUCUUGCGAAACAGUUAGGAAGGGAGUGUUUGCUGCUGGUGCUGCUUUUGUUUUCUUCACUGCCAUUGUUUCUCAAUUCUACUAUGUCAACUAUUCAAGUGCCAGGGAAAGCUUCCAACCUUAUGGUGGCGGUGAGACUGGUGUAGGUAUGGGAACCUACAAAUGAGCUUGUUAGUUAAGAAUUUUAGAGCCUAAAUUUAGGUGUGACUAUACCUGGAGUCUGGAUUCUGCAGCACAUUUCUUGGAUUUUGUUGCAUUUGUUGUAUUUACAGUUUAGCUACUUUACUAGAAUGAAUGUAUAAGUUGUAUCUUAGUAAUUUUUUGUUGUCACAUAUUGUGGUAUGUUAUGGGUGAUUCAUUCAUUGCCUCUUUACACUUUUGGAGUUUUUGUCAUGUAUACAUAUCAACAAGAGAAAUAAUUUCUUGAUUUA